CGACCUGGCAUUACACAUCAAAUGCCUGCAGACCGCAGGUGGGAGCGCUCUCGGCUGAUCUGAACGAUGUGGAGUUUGCUUUCUGAAGGGGGAAAGUCGGGCGAUUGUCCUGUGGCUCGCUGCCCUUCUGGGAAGCUCCCUGAAACCGCAACCGUUCGUGUCUGGGAAGCAGGGAAAAACGACGGACAAACAUCGCCGAGGUCCAGCUAGAGCACGGGGGGGACAGCCAAACUCUGACUGAAAUCUGACUGAGAUCUGAUGACCUGUUCAUAUGUGUGUGCGUUCUCUCUUCGUGUGAUGCAGAUCUGCUGUGAGGAAAAGGACUGCCUCCGAUCCCCUUUGAUGGAUGUGUCCAACAACAAGGAGUACCAGAAAGAUGAGUCAGACCCGCUGGUGGACGAAGACCGCCCCGUCGAUGCAGAUGGCCAGCCGCCCCUCAUCACCCUUCCUCUGCCUGUCCCCGUCCCUCCUGAGUGUUUCUUUGGCUCAUCGCGGCCGCGUGAGACGCUGCUGGCGCUCCCCUUGGCACAGCAGCACCACUGGCAGAGGCUACUGACGUCGUUCCAGGCCUAUGGGCGGCACAGUGAGGGCAACCGAGUGGACGUAUUGGAUGAUGGAGAUCAGGUGCUGCAGGCCAUGCUCGAGGUCAGUGCAGGCAUCCAUAGAAAGACAUAGAUCACGCAAUUGAUGCAUCCAUCUCGUCUCUCUGCAAUUAACGUUUGCUUGGCUCACUGAUGAUGCAGGCCAUCUGUGCCGCCCGCACUCGUGUGUGGCUGGAGUCGUACAUCUUCGAUGGGUCCAAGCUGGCCGAACGGUUCGUGGAUGCGCUGGUGGAUGCAGCUCACCGGGGCUGCGACACCCUACUGCUCAUCGACUAUGUGGGAGCCUUCUCCAUCAAGUCGCGGUGGAUUGACCGCAUGCGCAAGGCCGGUGUGGCUGUCAUCGUCUUCAAUCCCGCACUGCCUGGUGGGGUGGGCCUAUCGGUCACAUGACGGACGGACGCAUCCACCAGCUCCCCUUGUCCAAUCAAUCGGCUGCAAAUCUCCUUCCUCUCUGUUUGCAGGUCUUGACGGCAGCAAGUCCAUCGGCCCCCUGUCCUACCGGGACCACCGCAAGAUCCUCAUCGCAGACACGACGGCCUUCUGCGGCUCAAUCAACAUCUCCGACGAUGCCGGCGGGCCCCUGCUGGGCAACUCGCGAUUCUACGACGUCCACAUGCGGCUGCGGGGCCCCUGCGUGGCCCACCUGGCUGACGUGCUGCGCGACUCGCUGGCCGAGGCCUUCAGGGAUGUGUGGCGGCCGCCCAUCGAUGUGCCUGAGGAGUAUGAGGACGGCGUGUAUGUGCAGGUGCUUGAGUCCAACAUCCGGCAGGGGAGGCGGCAAAUCAUGGACGCGCUCAGCAAGGCCACCAGACAGGUGGGUAGCUGGGUGCAGGGGAGACGAUACGAGACGAGACGAGGGUUUCUCUCUGAUUGAUCCUUCCUGUGUGUGUAUGUUUUGUUGUCAGGCUCAGCAGUCGAUAGAGCUGACGACGUCCUACUUUUAUCCGCCGGGAGUGCUGCGUCGUGCGUUGGUAUCGGCGUCGCGUCGUGGCAUCCCGAUUUCCAUCCUGCUGUCGGGCAACUCGGACCUCCUUGGCGAUGUCAUGGGCUCAACACACCUGGUCAAGAAAUUCUUGGUGAGUCGGGAGCAGCAAGACACACCAGAAUCAUUCCUUAUGUGCGUCCGUCUGGUGUGCACGUGUGUGUGUGUCAGCGAGUGCCGGGGAACCAGACCCGUGUGCAUUUCCUCAUGCCGCAGCACAUGCACGCCAAACACACUGUGGUCGACGGCGUCUGGAGCUGCGUGGGAUCCUUUAACUGGGACAGGUACGCACCCAUCCCACUCGCCCCUCCAUCCAUCCAUCCAUCGGUCUAUAUAGAUCUAUCAAUCCACCAGGUAUUCGGCUCGUCGGAAUUUGGAGGUUGCGGUGUCGAUAUUCGACGGACAGGUGGCGUCGCAGCUGAGCGCUCUGCACCACCGCAAGGCCCACAACGAAAAGGAGUGCUACGAGAUGACCUGGGAGAGGUGGCAGCGCCAGAGCCCUCUCAAGAAACUCAUCUGCUGGUUCGCAUACUGCUGCGUCAGGCUCACAGGUAGGUCGGUCGCCAAAAGGUGCAUGGAGGCAGGUAAGGUGCCUCACGGGAACUCUUUCUGUCUGUCUGUCUGUGUGUGUGUGUGUGUGUGUUGACUGACAGGCAAGAAUGUGUCGGAUGGCUUGAGCAACACUCGUCAGAAGGCGUUGGUUCGUCGUGCGUUGAUCCACACGUACCUGGACGAGCGGGCGGCCAAGAACCUGGCCACGGGCAUGAUGUGGGGCAUUCAGUGAGGGAGGGAGGAGGGAGGCAGAUAGUGAGCCAGACAUUGUCGUUCGUUUCAUGUUCAUGAGGGGAUGCAUAGUUGCGCGUGUCGGUGUGAAUGGUGCGGUGUAUGAUAAACCUCACUUGUCAACACACACAGCCGAUUCGGCGCCA